CUCAGAGGUGUUUGCACAGGCCGGGGCCAAUCGGCUGCGUUUGUGUCACGGCGGCGCAGUAAUGGCUGAGGGAGCAGGGCGGAAGGUUCUGGAAUAUGAGGCUUUUGUCAAUGACGUCUUAAAGAGAGACCUGAAGAAAGUUCUAGAACAGCGUGAUGAAAUCUAUGAGAAAAUUGCCCAGCACCUCCAACUCAAGAAUGUUAUCGAGCGACUACAGGAGUCAGACAGUGAAGGCUUAAAGAUGGAAGUCGACCUGGGGUGUAACUUUUACCUUCAGGCCAAAGUGCCGGACGCCUCAAUGAUCUUCGUCUCUAUUGGCUACGGAUUCUUCGUCGAGCUGACCUUCAGCGAGGCUCUCCGGUUCCUGGAGAAGAAGACCCAGCAUCUCAAUGAGCUGGCAGGCAGGUUAUCGAAGGACUCGGCCAAGAUCAAAAGCAACAUCCGGAUGGUGCUGGAGGCUCUGUGCGAGCUCCAGGGAUUCCGGGACUUGCCAGAGACGGAGAAUGGGAGAGAGAUUUUCUGAGGGACCCUGUCGGGGGCUUACGGAGCCCGGAGCUGCCAAGGAGCAGCUAGUGGAAGGGCCAGAGAGAGAGAGAUGAUGGCUCUCGCAGCUGAACAGCGCAAUGUGUCUCACAGAGGAGGAGGCUGAAGCUUUGCGGAGAGACUGUGUAACGUCUGACACACCACCGGUGUGUGUAAAUAUUUAAACACUCACUAUUAUAGAAGUACAUCCUC